UGUUCCUCCCUCCCUCCCUCCCUCCCUCUCAUAUCCUCUGCCGACGCCCCUUCCGCUCCAAUCCAUUCAUUUGGCCCCGCCCCUUUCCUUUGUUUCGCUCAACAGCUUCGCGGUGUCUCGGUCGGAGCAGGACCGUGAGUUCUCUCGGUAUUGGGCUAGACUGCGAUUCCUUUGCGGCGAGGUUACGCUGCUUGAUUGCGGAGUCAAGUGGGCCGCGUGCUCCGCGCAGUUAGAUCCACGCUAGUAACAGUUACCGCCCGCACGCAAUCCUUGUUUUUCAAGCAAGAAAUGGAGCUCUCCCUCGUUGGGUUGCAGAAUGCUGGGAAGACGUCGCUGGUCAAUGCCGUUGCUACAGGUGGCUACAGUGAGGACAUGAUUCCAACGGUAGGCUUCAAUAUGCGGAAAGUCACCAAGGGAAAUGUCACGAUUAAGCUUUGGGAUCUUGGUGGGCAGCGGAGAUUCCGCACUAUGUGGGAGCGCUAUUGCCGUGGAGUUUCUGCUAUUCUGUAUGUUGUGGACGCUGCUGACCGAGAUAGUGUCCCAAUCGCGAAAAGUGAGUUGCAUGAUCUGCUGACGAAACAGUCUUUGGCUGGGAUUCCCUUGCUUGUCCUUGGCAACAAAAUUGACAAGUCAGAAGCGCUUUCGAAGCAGGCCUUGGUUGAUCAACUUGGACUGGAAUUGAUAAAGGACCGGGAGGUUUGUUGCUACAUGAUCUCGUGUAAGGAUUCUGUGAACAUAGACGUCGUCAUCGACUGGCUUAUCAAGCACUCUAGAACAGCGAAGUAGGCUUUCUGUGUGUUUGUAUCGCUUGAUGCACGGUGUUUUAUCUUUUGUGAAUCUGCGCUUCCCAGAAGCCUGGUUCCUUGGUCCCCAUGUUAAAAGCGGCCACCUUGUAAUUUAUGGUUUCUUUGGUGUCACAGACGAACUGCAUGGUAUCUAGACUAGAAACAUGUAUUCCCUUUGUAAAUCCUUUGAACCUUUGAUUAUUCUUACUGUGAAUGCCGUCCAGUGUUUUUAUUC